AUGACGUCCACCUCCUUCGCCGCGCCGCUGCUCGUCCUCGUGCUGGCUUCGGCCUCCUGCUUCGACCUCGUGCCCGAGGAGGCCGCCCCCCGCCGGGCCCGCUUCUCGUCCAACAGCCCAGCCGACGUGGCGCGAUGCCUGAACGGCGCGGUGGCGGUGGGCUGCGGCUUCUUCUCCUGCCUGGAAAACUCCACGUGCGACACGGACGGGAUGCACGAGAUCUGCGAGCUUUUCCUCCACUCGGCGGCGACGUUCAACACGGAGGGUAAAACGUUCGUCAAGAAGAGUCUCCAGUGCAUCGCUCAGGGAAUCAGCGCCAAGGUUUUCCAGACCAUCCGCCGCUGCAACAUCUUCCAGAGGAUGAUCGCUGAGGUGGAGGAGGAGUGCUUCAGCAGCCUCGACAUCUGCACGGUCGCUCGCACCAACCCGGAUGCCAUCGGAGAGGUGGUGCAGGUGCCCGCCCACUUCCCCAACAGGUACUACAGCACGCUGCUGCAGACGCUGCAGGCGUGCGACCAGCAGACGGUGGCGGCGGUGAGGGCCGGCCUGGUGGCCCGUUUGGGACCCGACAUGGAGACCUUCCUCCAGAUGGUCCAGAACAAAGAGUGUGGCGCCGGCCAGGCCGCCGCCGCCCCCUUCAGCGACCCGGCCAGCUGGAGGAACGUCCCCGUCUUCAACAUCCAGCCCGGCUUCCAGGGUCGCGACCCCACCCACCUCUUCGCCAGGAAGCGGCGCUCGCUGGACGACCAGGAGGCGGAGCCAAGCAGCCGCCAGUAG